AUGAAGAACCAAAGCUUCAUAACUGAAUUUGUCUUCAUGGGGCUUUCACAGAAUUCUACUAUUCAGAAAAUAUUAUUUGUUGUGUUUUUGUUGGUCUACAUUGCGACUAUUGGAGGCAACAUGCUGAUUGUAGUGACCAUCCUCUGUAGCCCUGCACUGCUGGGCUCCCCCAUGUACUUCUUCUUGGCUGUCCUGUCCUUCCUGGAUGUGUGCUAUUCCUCUGCCAUUACACCAAAGAUGGUUGUGGACUCCAUUCAUGAAAGGAAAACCAUCACAUUUGAAGGAUGCAUGAUUCAACUUUUUGCUGAACACUUAUUUGGUGGGGCAGAGAUGAUCAUCCUCUCAGCCAUGGCCUAUGACCGCUAUGUGGCCAUUUGCAAGCCCUUGCACUACUCUGCCAUCAUGAACUGGAGACUCUGUGGCAUUCUGGUGGGGGCGUCCUGGACAGGGGGCUUCUUGCAUUCCAUCAUACAGAUUCUCUUUACUUUCCAGCUGCCCUUUUGUGGCCCUAAUGUCAUUGAUCACUUCAUGUGUAACUUGUACCCACUAUUGAAGCUGGCCUGCACUGACACUCACAUUCUAGGCCUUCUGGUGAUCACCAACAGUGGGUUUAUCUGCAUCAUCAAUUUCUCCUUGUUGCUUGUCUCUUAUGGUGUCAUCUUGUUCUCCCUGAGAAAACACAGUGCUGAGGGGCGGAGGAAAGCUCUGUCCACCUGUGGAUCUCACAUUAUUGUUGUGGUUUUGUUCUUUGUCCCCUGCAUAUUUAUAUAUGCACGACCUCCAUCUAUAUUCUCUUUUGAUAAAGAAGUGGAAAUGUUUUACACUGUCUUCACUCCCUUGCUCAAUCCUUUGGUUUACACACUGCGGAACAAGGAAGUGAAAAAUGCCAUGAGGAAAUUGUGGAAGAGGCUUGGUGAUCUCUAA